ACUAGUUUAAAAUAUAAUAAAAUGUUUAUUAAAAAUGCAUUAGUGAAAUACAAAUAACUUUCUAUGAAGAGACCCUACAAGAGAUGGAGGAUGCCCAUCUCCUGCAGAUACCCUAUGACGUCAUGUCCAGGGGUGAGCGCCUUUUCUCCCAGCAUUAGGGAAAGGGAAACAUUCUCAUGUACAUCACAACACCGGGAGAGGUACUGCUCUCGCAGAUCGGGCCGACAGUUCAAGCCAACUAUGAGUAUCGUCUGAGCUCAAAUAAGCCUCGGAGGGUACUUAAAUACUUCGAUCAUCGGUUCCCAAACCGAAACAGAAUCAACUUAUUCACUGCCUGAAGACUAACCAUAUUUACCAUGAAAGGAAUAACAAUAGUGAAGUGUUUCCUUUCAUGAAAUAAUAACUAAUUGUUCUUGCUGAAUUACAAUUAAAGAGCAAGGAUUAUUUAAUUUAACCGAUGGAAACAGAGAGGAAAGCCACGCCAUCUGGCGAGAUAAAUUCAAAAUAUCGCUUCAGACCCACGUGGUUGGUUUUCUCUCACUCCACCACCGGCCUUCACAAAGUAAAGACCAAGGCACCGCAGCCCACCCAUUAACUCGGACGCAGUGUGCCUUCUGUUACCUGACUCGAGGGAUACUACACCCGGCAACGAGACUUCAGAGACAACAGUAUCUUUUGAAACCCGCUUCUCAGCUAAGUGCCCCCAGCAGUUAUUUGAGACAGAUAGAUUUUUACUACACGGAUCCGGUAGGAUUAUUAUUUGUUCGGCUGUCUGGAGGUGCUUGUUGGAUACCUUCACCACCUAAUAGCUGGUAAGCACUUGUUUCUUUGGGAUUGUCUGACGGGUGUGUUAUUCACUUUGCGAGUGACCUAACUGUUGGGUAGGGUAAAUUUACUGAUUCCCAACAACUACUACUAAUGCUAUAACUUCUACUUCUAAUACUGCUACUACUACAACUACUACAGCCACUCCCACAGGCACAUAGACGCUGUGGACCCGUCGGAGGGCAUGAUGAAGCAACGGGAGACUGGCAUCUAUACCAACGACUUCCUGGAGUUUAUCGGCAGCGGACACUCCACCGUGCCCAAAGACACAUACGACCUGGUGGUCACCUCGGGUGGUAUGGGCGAAGGUCAUAUCCCACUCAGUGGCCUCGACGACCUGGUGCGCGUCGCAAAGAACGGAGGCUUCGUGAUCAUCGUGAUGCGCCAUGAGCACCUACAGACCGUGCCUUCCUACAAGGACAAGCUGGAGCCUUACAUGGACCAGCUGGAGGCGGACGGGAAGUGGAAGAAGGUGGAGCGGCGCACCGUCCCAAACUAUUUCUGUGACAAGGAGGGUCUCGUCUUCGUCUUCCGCAUCACUAAGCCUGAGUGAGGAGGAAGAGGAGGGAAGGGAAAGGAGAGAGAUGAGGAGGAAGAGUUAUAGUUGUGCUGUGCCAAGGCCGUCUCUGUGUUGCAGCCUUGGCUUUCGUCGCGGCACCCGAGACUGAGGUGUGAAUUAUCGAGGUCUGGCAACCUGGUGUCAUGGCGUCUACGAUGUUAUAUGAUAGUCUACGCAUAGGACACAUUUGUCAGUAUUAAUCAUAUUAUUGAAAUUGUCGUAAAAAUCUCUUUUAGUUUAUAAGACUGAGGCUGCAGAAUGCUUAACCUCAGACCUUGCUAUCAUCUCCAAUUGGGAUAAAAGGAAUGUCUGGUCUGGGUCUUGGGGUCUUGAUGAUGUACAGACAUGUAUAUAUAUAAUAAACGGGUGUUUAAUUCCCCUCAGGAUCAUGUUAAUCUUUGUUUGUUUCUCAAGUUAAUUUAAGUGAUUACUCUUCCUAAUUUUAAAUGUGUCUGCUGUUCCUAAUUUAUAAUGUGUCAGCUGUUCCUAAUGUAUAAUGCGUCUGCUGUUCCUAAUCUUAAAAGCGAUUGCUGUUCCUAAUUUUAAAAGCGUCUGCUGUUCCUAAUUUUAAAAGCGUC